GCAGCCCAGGUGUUCUUGUUUGUCUGUUUGAGGGGAAAUAAAACAGCAGACUAUCUAUAUCUGUAACCAAAUACUCUUCACCAAAGAGGGAGAUAUCUCUGGAUACCCACUGAGGCAGGUGUGCUUGUUUUAAAAGUAUUCUGAAAAGCCCCUCGUUAGCUGCAGAGAGAGAGGCACCAGCCAUGAGUCUGCUGUGAUAAUGGAUCGCAACAGGAAAGGCAAAAACAGAAAUCAAAGAUCAAAGAUCAAAGAUGAUUACUCGAACAGCGUCCUGGAGCAUGAGUACCACAUGGCGGAUGACCAUGAGGAAGUGCUGAAUGUGCGCAUACUUCCUGCAAGACCCAUAGAUGCUGAGAGAGAGUAUGCAGACAGGGCUCUUCCAAGGUCAACAUCGGCCCAGAGUCUCUCAUCCCUCUCAAGUGCUAACUCUAACAGCCUCCCAAGAGACUUCUCACUAACUUCAGGGCCUGCUGUAAAUAGAGCCCUGAAGCCAGGCAGAAGAAAAAAAGAUAAGAAGUUACCACCUGUGCAGCCAGAAGACCAGCACUCACACAGGCGCUCUCCUUCGCCUCCAGCGGUGAUCACAGAGUUAGUGAGUCACCUGCCGGGGCUGACUGUACACGAUUCCAGCCGCAGAGAUCGACAAAGGGCAACUAAAAAGGCAGAAUUCAGUGCACAUGGCAAAGGUCUACAGAGUGCUGAACAUGUUUCAACACUUCAUACCAAUCACAGACAUUCUCUGGAUUUGGAAACUCAUGAUUUAGAAACAAGGUCCCAACUAAGUAUAGAAAGGGUGCCAUCAAAACGUCUUCACCAUGAGUGGCCUCAAACUAAAGAAGACUUUAACCAACAUGACUUUGUUCCCAUGGAAAAGCCUCAACAGACCUACUGUGAAGAGGACUGGUACGUUGGGACUUGUACUCGAGCAGAUGCUGAGCACGCCUUACACCUGGUGAACAAGGACGGGGCAUUUUUGGUACGAGACUGCUCCAUCAACUCCAACAGUGAGCCCUUGGUGUUGGCUAUGUAUCACGGCAAGAAGGUUUAUAAUGUAAAGAUCCGGUUUAUAGAGAGCACCAGCAAGUACGCGCUGGGAAGAGGACAUCGAUCAAAUGAUAUGUUUGACUCUGUGGCAGAAAUCAUAAAGUUUCAUUCCAUAUUCCCAGUAAUACUCAUCAGUGGGAGAAAUAUGCCCGCAAGCAAAUGUCCAGAAAACUGUGUGCUGACGUGUCCAGUAACCAGGAGUGAUGUUGAGCAGCUGCUGCAAUAACACAUGGAGCUUUCCUGCCAAAAUAAACCGUUCAAUCACAUCUGGUUGUAACCCAUAACAUCCACUGCAGUUCAUCGUGAGCAUGUUAGGAAAACGUUGACAGUGUAUACGAAUUGUGAAAGAUGUGUCAAUUAAAAACAAUGUUUUAUCUAAAUCUGAAACUGAUCAAUAGUUUUCAUGAUCAAAUCGUUGUUGUUUUUUAUUGUGUUCAUUUACCAGUCAAAAAACACAAAUAUAAAAUGUAUACUUUACAAUGAUACCAAACAGAGAGAAGUACAAAUCUAAUAUAUGAAGCUGAAAAGCUUAUAUUUGACGUUUUUGCUUCAACAUUUCUGAACAAUUGAUUGAUUGAAGAUCUCUCAGGUCUUCUGGAACGGGUCUGCUCUCGGUUCCGAGAGUAAGAACAGAACAUGGAAAAGCAGCGUUUAGCUAUUAUGCCCCCACAAUCUGGAACAAACUGCCUGAAUCAUGCACGUCCGCAGAAACUCGUACUAUUUUCAAAUCGAGACUGAAAACAUAUCUUUUUGCCGCUGCUUUUAAUUGAACUGCUCAUAUUCACACUGCAGUUUGCUUUUUAUUCAUGUAUUGUAUAACUGUUGUGUUUAUCUUAUUAUCUUUGACUUUUAAAUGCCUGUUGUAAAAUGCCAUUAUAUAAUGUGUUUCUGCUGUAUUUAUUCUUAAAUGUCUUUUAUUUUAUUUUGUAAAGCACUUUGAAUUGUCACGUACUGAAAGGUGCUAUAUAAAUAAACUUGCCUUGCCUUGCCUUGAUUACCAAAACAGUUCAAAAUGUAUAAUCUCUAAAUAUGUCAAAUUAGUGAGAUUUAAGCUUCCGGAUAAAAAUUAUAACUUGAUAAAUCAAAAAUGUUUUGAUAGGGAUAAGCUGUGGUGAAAAGUUGAUCAUUUCAUUUAUUCAAAUACUGUAGUUAAGAACAAUGUUGAGGUAUUUUACUUGAGUAUUUAAUGUUUUAUAGCACAUUUUGUCAGAACAUCUUGCAUAUCGAUUCCUAAGUGACUUAACAGAUAAAGAUUUACAAUUUGGAUCAAUACAUUAAGAUAUCUUAUAAGUACAUUUCCCAGCAGUAUAUCAAGUAAUUCAAAUUAGCUCCACCUUUACAAGCUGCAGCAUAAAGUGACAAACAUAUUAACGCACUAAUAAUUCAGUGGACUAGUCUAGUCUACAUAAUGACUACUUCUGAUACUUUCAGUAAAGUUAAUACUUUU